AUGAUAUACAAAAGUAUAGAUUUUGAAACUUUAAAAAAAGAAGUAAAAAAUGAAGAAAAAAAUAAAAGAUUAUUACAAUUUAAGAUAAUAAACUCUUUUUAUAUGUAUAAUUAUAUUCAAUUGCUACUAGAUGAAGGAGUAAAUAAAAGUUUAUUUAUAAUUGAUAUAAGGUCUGAUGACUUAUUUAAGGAAAAUCAUAUAAAAAAUUCUGUAAGCAUAAAAAAUGUAAACAAGAUUAAUGAAAUAAAGAAUGAAAUAAAAUCAAGGGAAAAAAUAAAAAUUAUUUUUUAUGAUGAUGAAGAAAUAAAAAGUUUAGAUGAUUAUAAUUAUCUAUUAAGUGAUUAUUUUUUUAAUGUUAAAGCAGAUUUCUAUUUUUUAAAAGGUGGUUAUAAGAAUUUUGAAAAAGAAUAUUUUUUUUUAUGCUUAAAUAAUAAAAAUGAAAAAGAGUUUUCACAAAAAUGUGUUCCCUACAUUAAUUAUCCAAUUAAAAUUUGCGAUUAUAUUUAUUUAGGAAAUUUCAUUCAUAUUAAUAAUCCCUUCGUGAAUAAAUUUUUAAAAAUAAAACAUGUAUAUGAUUUUACUUCAAGUGGUUUUGUGAUAAAAGAUGAUGAUGAAUUAAUUUAUUAUAGAUAUGAUGUUUUAAAAAAGAAAUUAGAAAAUAGGAAUUUUUUAAAAAAUGAAUCAAUAAAUUAUUACAAUUUUUUAGAUACACGUAUGAUAUAUGAUGUUAUAUACAGUAUGGUUAAUAAUAUAAAAAGUGAAUUAACUAACGAAAUUAUAAAUGAAACAAAAAAUAGUAAUGAAAUUAGUGUAUGUGACAAUAAAAAUUUAGAAUUGAAAAGUAAAGUAUUUCAUAAAAAUAAUGAAUUUGAUAACGUAAAGGUAAAAAUAAAAAAAGAAAAUAUCUUAAUAAUAUGCAAUCAAGGUAUUAAAGAUCAAACAAGUGAAAAAAUAAAUAGUAUAAGUUUAAUAAUAUGUAUGUGCUAUCUAAUUUUUAAAAAAAAGUAUAAUGUUAACUUCAUAAUUGCAUAUAUAUUAAAGAUAUGUAAUAAUUUAAGUAUUAAUUCUCAAACACUUACCUUUUUAGAAAAUUUUUAUCAAUCCCUAAUAAAAAGCAAUUUUAAUUUAGAGUUCUAUUUGUCUAAACAUAAAUUACAAAACAAAAAAAGUAACAGAAAAUCAAAUAUGAAUAAUGAAAAUGAAUCCUUAUUAAAUAUCAUUAAAAGUGAUCAUUUUAGAAAUUUAAUAAAAAAGUAUGAAAUAAAUAGAUCAUUUAUAAUUCUAGAAAAUUCAAAGGAAUAUAUCCUUUCUAUAAGUAAAAAAGAUAUAUUAGACAUUAAUAUAAUAAAAGAAAAAAUUGCAAAAAAAGAAAAUAUUUCUUAUGAAUUUUCAAUGUCAUCUAUAUUAUUUCAUAUAUAUAACAGUAAAAAAAUUAAUUUUGAAGAAAUCAAUAACUUUUUAGAAAUCAUUAUAGAUAUUAUAAAUGAUGAUAAGAUAGAAAAUCCAUUUAAAAUGCCUUACUUUUCACUAAUAGUUAUAAAUUUAUGUAAAGCAUUAUUUUUUGAUAAAAUUGAUAUGAAUAUGUUAAAAGAAACUGAUUUAGAAGAAGAAAAUAAAAAUCUUGAAUAUAAUCUAUUUUUUUUAAUAUAUAAUAAUAUUAUUGUUUGUAUUGAUUUUAUUAUAAAUAAUAAUUGUAACAAUUUUAUUAGAGAAGAAUUUGAAAUUACUUUAAAAAUAAAAGAAGAAAAUUUAAAAAAUAAAAAAAUUGAUAAAAAGAUAUAUAUGAUGUUUUUAUCUUUGAAGUAUCUUUUAGUUUCCCUUUUUUAUUUUUAUGUUUAUCCAACUAUAAUAAAUUUUAAAUUUUCAUAUAUGGAUAAAAUUUGUUAUUUAUUAGAAAAAAUUGAUAAAUUUGCAGAUUAUUAUUAUUCUAUAUUUAAAAUUGAUAUUAAUAUUUUUCAAAAUAAGAAUUAUAAAGCACAAAUAUGUUCAUACGAUUAUUUGCCUGUAUAUUUUUCAGAUAUACUAAGACCAUUUAUAAUAAUUAAUAAUUAUUUGAAUUAA